GAUAGAAUUAAUGCACUGUUGCAGUAAAACAAUGCAGAAAAUAAAUAGGAGCAUACAACAAUAACAGUAAAUAAAGAAAAAAUAUAUAGUAUAUAAUGAUGAAAAAAGAAAGGUAACCAAUGUAACACAAAAUACAAGCAAAUAAACAGUAUUUUCAUAAACUAUAACACUUCUAAACAUUUUUUUUUUUUUUUAAAUCUCAGGUUUGUUUCCUUGACAAAAGUUUACAACAAACAUUAUUUGAUGUAUAUAAUAUUUUCUUUUUUCAGUGAAAUAUUAAUUAAAUCUUUCACAUAUCUGAUAAAAGCCUUGAAUUUUAAACAUUCUUUGUUAUCAUUGUAGGAUAAUCUGGAAGAAUUUAAAUGUGAUUCCAACAGUGCUGAAUGGAAAAAUUAUGUAUCUUAUUUAGAAUCCAUCAUUGAAAAUGCCCUUAAAGAUAACAUUAGGUGUAGUCUCCAGUAUCUCUUGGAAAAUUUGGAUAGUGGAAACAAAAAAAUGGCCCCAUUUUAUAAAGUAUGUAUGGUACUAAAAGAAGAUAUAGCAUUUAUUCCUCCUUUAGUCAGUGAACAACGAGGUAGUAUAAAAAAAAUCUUUGAUGCAGUCAUCGAAAACAUUUACUCUCUAGCCAAUCAGAUUAUGCGAAUGAGAGAUAAAGAAACUGAUUAUUAUGAAGUUAUUUCUCAGGACACAGAUUUGAUGAAUUUAGAACAUUUAAUUAAUGAACGCAUACAGUCAGGAGCCCGAAAAGCUUUAGUGGAAGUACAGAGUUUCCAGAAUUAUGCUGACUUGUGGUUGCAAAACAUUGAAGUUGUAUUGGAAGAUUUUGUUCUUUAUGGUCCAGUUAAAGAAAUACUAAAUGAAGAUGAAGAAGGAGAUGAAUCUAGCUUAGUUCCACAUGAAAUAAAACCUCCAACAGAAGAAGAGUUUAAAUCAGAGAUAGCUCAAUUUGAUUUGCUUCAAAGGAAAGUAGAUGAUAUAAAUCCAGACAUUCAGAUAGACUUAUGGCUGGCACUGGAUGUUACACCUUUUAAAGAAAGUUUAUUAGUUAUCAUCAGGAAUUGGCGAUCUGCAUAUAAGAAAAAACUGGUUGAGUUAAAGAGCUUAGGAAAACUUCGAAAACUUGAAGAUGACAGUGAUCUCUGAUUUGAAAGUUCACAGAAAAGUGCUUAUUCUCAGAAGUUAAUUUUCUAAAUUACAACUUCAAACUGAAUGGUGGGGGGAUAUUUGUUUUAAUAUUUUCUUGACAGCUGUAUCUUUACAUUAAAAUUUUGUGAAUAAAUAAAUAAAAACUACUUUUAUUACAUUGUAUUUCUAUUCUACAUUGUCAAAGCAAAGGACUACGCUAAUGUUUAAGGAAAAAAUUAAGGCAAAAUAUUCACUCAUUUAUUACUAGCAAAUAGUACAAAAUGUCGCAGUCAAUAAAAAUAAGUUUACAUUGAUGAGUAACAUUGCUGAAUUUCUCCAGUGCAACACUGGGUAUAAACGUUUUCUACAAAUUGCACUCAAUGCAAUUAGGAAAACAUUGCACAUAUAAUUAUGAUGCUAAAUUGAAAUCUUUUGAAAUAUAACAGUAAAGUAAAAACUGAAAACAGAGUGCAGAAUUAAAUAUUUUAAAGUUUUAUUUAUAUAAAUUUUGCAAUGCAAGGCAAGGCGUAAUUGCAAAAUGUACAAAAAUAUUUAGUGUUUUACAUGUUUGAGAAAAGUCUCAAACAUAAUUUACAAAAAAUCUUUCCAUGAGCAACUGUGUAACUUUCAAUAUCUUUUUCAACACAGCAUUAAGCAAAUAGAAACUUUUUCCACAUAAUGUCUAAGCAUUAUAUAUACUAUCUAAGGCACAUAAAAACUAAUCUUGAUUGCCAAAUAAUCCUGCUUCAGCAAAUGGAUGAUAUGCAUGAGACUUAACAGGGCAUUACAAUUACCCUUAGAAAACUGGAUAAAUCUUUCAAAUGUAAAAAGAAACAAAUAAAUCUACAUCACUUCCAAUACUAAUAAAAACUGAAGGCGAACAAGGAACAGAUCUUGUAAAAUAUGAAAAUACCAAUAAUUUGAUUUUAAGCAGAUGCAUAGAUGAUCAGAAGUGCUUUUGAUUCAUUUUUAAACUUAUUUUAACUGUACAUUUGUUUGAUUUAUCAAAUAUCCAAUAAGAAAAGUUUACAAUUUUUUCCUGUAAUAUUGAAUAUACACGGAUUUCUAAGAAGAAAUUCAAGGUUGUUAGGUCUGUACAAGGGGAAAAAAAAAAAAAAA